AUUACUUAAUAAUGGAAGCGAGGAUGAGACUGAGAGUGUUGAGGGCCUCCAAGAUGCUUAUAAUGGGAUAUACAAUGAGUGUCUAAAACAAGGAGAGAAGUUGUUUUCAUUGCUCUUGAGGCUCAAAACGAGUGAAGACAAAAAGAAAGCACUUCAUGUGAACUUAGUUAAGUCCAAUGCUUAUAUUUGUGGGCUUGUGGAGGAGAUGAAGUCCCUCCAUGACAAGGUGAGCUUCCUUGAGAGAAAGAGCACAAUAGGCUUUUAG